CGUCGAUCGAUGCAUGAUUGCACGUGCAUGGUAAACUAAAGCAAUAUUUUUCUUAACUUUUAUGAUUCUUCCCAUGCUUGGAAUUCCACUGUCUAAUUGUGUAAUACAACUUGUAUCACUUUAUUUGGCGAGCUACUGAGUCUGCGCACUAGGGAGCAAUAAGGAACUCAAAACUAUCAUUCUAAUAAAAUCCUAUGCGGAGCUACGUGGUUGACACACAGCUAGGCCAUUUUGAGUGAUCGAUUGUCAUUGAGUAACUUUACCUAAAUCGAUGUGCUACUAAAGGCUUGAUCUAACGCCUGAUCAAAUCUUCUACGGGACAGGACAGGUACACAAAUAGAAACUACCGAGAACUUGUUAGAAAACCAUGCCAAAGCCGAGCGCUUCCGAGACGGGGAAGACCCGCAGGUUCAUCAGUGGUGUGGUGGAAGGUGAGAGUUCUACUCGUCAUUACGUCAAAUGGUCUACUGUAGGAUGUCAAUCAAAUAGCCUGCUGUAGGAUAGGCCUACAAAUAGUGUCUGUUUUGAUUCAAUGUACUUACAUUCAGCCACAUUUCAGUGCAUGUGUCAGAUUAUAAUAAUAUAGUACGUUUAUAUAUAUCAGGGAUGGGGAAACUCCAGUCCUGAGGGGCAGAGUGGUGUCACACUUUUCCCCUAUCUCUAGCGUUCUAAACUGAAGAUCAUGAUUAGUUGAUCAUUGGAGUCAGGUGUGUUAGCUGGGGCAAAAGUGUGACAGCAAUCACACCCCCGAGGACUGCAGUUAACCAUCCCUGAUAUACAGUACCAGUCAAGUUUGGACACACCUACUCAUUCAAGGGUUUUUCUUUAUUUUUACUAUUUUCUAUGUUGUAGAAUAAUAGUGAAGACAUCAACACUAUGAAUAACACAUAUGGAAUCAUGUAGUAACCAAAAAAGUGUUAAACAAAUCAAAAUAUAUUUGAGAUUCUUCAAAGUAGCCACCCUUUGCCUUGAUGACAGCUUUGCACACUCUUGGCAUUCUCUCAACCAGCUUCAUGAAGGAGUUCCCACAUAUCGUCUCCCGAGUGGCGCAGUGGUCUAAGGCACUGCAUCGCAGUGCUAGCUGUGCCACUAGAGAUCCUGGUUCGAAUCCAGGCUCUGUCAUAGCCGGCCGCGACCGGGAGACCCAUGGGGCGGCGCACAAUUGGGAUGCAGGGAUGUAGCUCAGUUGGUAGAGCAUGGUGUUUGCAACACCAUGGUUGUGGGUUCGAUUCCCACGGGGGGCCAGUAUGAAAAAAUAAAAAAUAAAUAAUGUAUGCACUCACUAACUGUAAGUCGCUCUGGAUAAGAGUGUCUGCUAAAUGACAAAAAUGUAAAAUAUGCUGAGCACUUGUUGGCUGCUUUUCCUUCACUCUGCAAUCCAACUCAUCCCAAACCAUCUCAAUUGUGUUGAGGUCGGGUGAUUAUGUAGGCCAGUUCAUCUGAUGCAGCACUCCAUCAUCCUUCUUGGUCAAAUAGCCUUUACACAGCCUGGAGGUGUGUUGGGUCAUUGUUCUGUUGAAAAACAAAUUAUAGUCCCACUAAGCGCAAACCAGAUGGGAUGGCGUAUCGCUGCAGAAUGCUGUGGUAGCCAUGCUGGUUAAGUGUAAAUAAAUCACUGACAGUGUCACCAUCACACCUCCUCCUCCAUGCUUCAUGGUGGGACCACACAUGCGGAGAUCAUCCAUUCACCUACAUUUACAUUUUAGUCAUUUAGCAGACGCUCUUAUCCAGAGCGACUUACAGGAGCAAUUAGGGUUAAGUGCCUUGCUCAAGGGCACAUCGACAGAUUUGUCACCUAGUCGGCUCGGGGAUUAGAACCAGCGACCUUUCGAUUACUGGCACAACGCUCUUAACCACUAAGCUACCUGCCGCCCUACUCUGCGUCUCACAAAGACACAGCGGUUGGAACCACACAUCUAAAAUGUGGACUCAUCAGACCAAAGGACAGAUUUCCACUGGUCUAAUGUCCGUUGCUCGUGUUUCUUGGCCCAAGCAAAUCUCUUCUUCUUAUUGGUGUCCUUUAGUAGUGGUUUCUUUGCAGUAAUUCGACCACGAAGGCCUGAUUCACGCAGUCUUCUCUGAACAGUUGAUGUUGAGAUGUGUCUAUUACUUGAACUCUGUGAAGCAUUUAUUUGAGCUGCAAUUUCUGAGGUGCAGUUAACUCUAAUGAACGUAUCCUCUGCAGCAGAGAUAACUCUGGGUCUUCCAUUCCUGUGGCGGUCCUCAUGAGAGCCAGUUUCAUCAUAGCGUUUCAUCAUAGCGCUUGAUGAUUUUUGCGACUGCACUUGAAGAAACUUUCAAAGUUCUUGACAUUCUCCGUAUUGACUGACCUUCAUGUCAUAAAGUAAUGAUAAACUGUUGUUUCUCUUUGCUAAUUUGAGCUGUUCUUGCCAUAAUAUGGACUUGGUCUUUUACCAAAUAGGGCUAUCUUCUGUAUAACCCCCCCCCACACACACACACACACACACCUUGUCACAACACAACUGAUUGGCUCAAAUGCAUUAAGAAGGAAAGAAAUUCCACAAAUUAACUUUUAAGAAGACACACCUGUUAAUUGAAAUGCAUUCCAGGUGACUACCUCAUGAAGCUGGUUGAGAGAAUGCCAAUAGUGUGCAAAGCUGUCAUCAAGGCAAAGGGUGGCUACUUUGAAGAAUCUCAAAUAUAAAGUAUACUUUGAUUUGUUUAAUACUUUUUUUGGUUACUACAUGAUUCCAUAUGUGUUAUUGCAUAGUUUUGAUGUCUUCACUAUUAUUCUACAAUGUAAAAAAUAGUAAACAUAAAGAAAAAAAUGAUUAGGUGUGUCCAAUCUUUUGACUGGUAGUGUAUAUUAGCCCUGAAUGUACAAUGAAUGUCCAGAGCAAUAAAGAGGAAAGUGAUAUAAUAUAGCCAGACAUCUGUAACACACACUGACAUACUGAACAUUAGGCUAUACAGCCUGUAGUUGACUCUGUGCUCCACAUUAUGCAUAACAACUGUAAAAGCUUAUGUGACCUUUGCUUCACUCAGGCUUUUACGGGCGACCAUGGACUAUGGAGCAAAGAACUGAGCUGUUCCAGAGGUAGUAAACCACUUCCAAGCACACACACACACACACACACACUUUCCCUCUCUCCCUCUCUCUCCCUCUUCUUCAAAGUGAACUUAUUAUCAACUAUAUUCCUUUCACCUCUCCAAUCCUUACAGGAAGUUGUUGCUUUGCCAGAAGUGUCUCAUACAGUGUGUUUGUUUGUGUAGGGAGCAGAAGUGGGGUCUGAACACAUACCUGUACGCCCCUAAAGAUGACUACAAACACAGAAUGUACUGGAGGGACCUGUACUCACCUGAGGAGGCAGGUUAGGAGGACACACACAGCGUUACAAACCCCUGACCCCUGACCCCUGACCCCUGGGGCUUAUCAGCACCACCUAGUUACAACCCACCCUUAGUUCAGAUAAGAGAUAGAUGAUUGUGAUGUGUGUUGUUAUGGCGUGGCCACAGAGAUGCACUCAAUUGUGUUGAUUAUUGUCAGACACGUGUGCCUCACUUGACGAAGAUCCACCCAGUUAUUGAGCUUGAUUAAUGAUCUAUAGCAACGUCACAUUGUUGUAAAGGCUCGUUAAGUAAAGUAAAUGUGUCUCAAUUCAGGAUCAUCAUUUACUGGUAAAGUUAAAUGUGUUCUCUCUCACAAUAUGUACCUGGUAAGAAGUAAAUGUCUCCAUUUUUACCUUUGUUUACUUCCAAUCCAUUCUGGUUAAGUAAAGUUAAAAUUGAUCUUUACUUAGGCAAUGUCUCUCAAUUGGUUGUAAAAGGCUCUGGUUAAGUAAAGUUAAAAUGUGUUCUUCUCAAUCCAUUUACCUGGUUAAGUAAAGUUAAAAUGUGUUCUUCUCAACAGUACAUGCGUUAAAGUAAAAGUUAAAAUGAUGUUCUUCCUCAAAUCCAUUUACCUGGUUCCCUGGUUAAGUAAAGUUAAAAUGUGUUCUUCUCAAUCCAUUUACCUGGUUAAGUAAAGUUAAAAUGUGUACUUCUCAAUCCAUUUACCUGGUUAAGUAAAGUUAAAAGGGUCUUUGUUGUUGUUGUUGCUGUGAAUUGGCAGCCUGUUCCCUAAUCUAUACAGUAUGUACAGGAUAUAUAGCACUCUGUAAAGGGAAUAGGGUGCCAUUUGGGGUGAAUAUGAAUCUUCUGUUCCAGAGAAACUGGUUGCUCUGAUAACUGCAGCGAAGAAGAACGGAGUGGACUUCAUCUACGCCAUCUCCCCUGGACUGGACAUCACAUUCUCCAACCCCAAAGAGGUCGCGACCCUCAAGAGGAAACUGGACCAGGUGGGGUUCUAGAAAUAUGGCAGCCUAUAAUUGGGCCAGGUGGGUUCUAGAACUAUGGUAGCCUAGAACUGGACCAGGUGGGGUUCAUAACUAUGUAGCCUAGACUGACCCAGUUUGGGGUUCUAAACUAUGGUAGAGCCCUAGAACUGACCAGGUGGGGUUUAGACUAUGUAGCCUCGAACUGGACCAGUGGGGUUUCUAUAACUAGUAGCCCCUAGACCUGGACCAGGGGGGUUCUAGACUAUGGUAGCCUAGAACUGGACCAGGUGGGGUUCUAUAACUAUGGUAGCCUAGAACUGGACCAGGUGGGGUUCUAGAACUAUGGUAGCGUAGAACUGGACCAGGUGGGGUUCUAUAACUAUGGUAGCCUAGAACUGGACCAGGUGGGGUUCUAGAACUAUGGUGGUCUAGAACUGGACCAGAUGGGGUUCUAGAACUGUUUAGAGAGAAAGCGUGGCCUGUGAGAAAAGCUGAUUUCUCCUCUACUCUCUUCCUCCAGGUGAGUGGGUUUGGCUGCAGUUCCUUCUCCCUCCUCUUCGACGACAUCGAGACAGAGAUGUGUCCGGCGGACAAGCAGGCAUUCAGCUCGUUCGCCCACGCCCAGGUAGCUGUCACCAACGAGGUGUUCACACACCUGGGACAGCCUGACACCUUCCUCUUCUGCCCCACAGGUGAGGUCAGACCAUCACCACAGAUAUUCCAAUUCCAUAUCAACAUUCCAAUGUCAGACAACCACACAAUGAGAAUGUCAUUGCAAUUAAAAGCAGUGUUCCCAUUACAUGUUGGCUGGCAGCCAUAUUGGACACACCCUGCUUAAUGUUCGAUAAGUUGUUUAAUUUCUCAGAAUUUUGUGCUUUUUUCAAGCAUCGUCAAGGACUAGAAUGUCUGUGUGUGUUGUGGUUUGUUUCAGAUUACUGUGCAGCGUUCUGCACCCCUAACGUCUCCCAGUCAGCUUACCUUCACACUGUGGGAGAGAACCUCCUACCUGGGAUUGAUGUUCUCUGGACAGGUGAGAGCAGACAGGAAGUCACUUUCCUCCAUUUUGUUUUCUUGUUUGCUCAAUUUUGCACCUGGAAAGUUUCCUUGGAUGAGUGCAUUUUAAGGAGAUUACAAAGCACAGUGUUAAGACUAUCAGGCACCCAAUCUAACCCACUCAAUGUGAUCAUGUUCUGCAGGUCCUAAGGUGGUGUCGCACCACAUCACGGUAGAGUCCAUUGUAGAGGUGUCCUCCGUCCUGAAGAGGGCGCCGGUUAUCUGGGACAACAUCCACGCCAAUGACUACGAUCCCCAAAGGAUCUUCAUGGGACCUUACAAGGUUUCUAAUAUUAAUACUAUGACCCCAGAGGAUCUUCAUGGGAUCUUACAAGGUUUCUAAUAUUAAUACUAUGACCCCAGAGGAUCUUCAUGGGAUCUUACAAGGUUUCUAAUAUUAAUACUAUGACCCCAGAGGAUCUUCAUGGGACAUUACAAGGUUUCUAAUAUUAAUACUAUGACCCCAGAGGAUCUUCAUGGGACCUUACAAGGUUUCUAAUAUUAAUACUAUGACCCCAGAGGAUCUUCAUGGGACCUUACAAGGUUUCUAAUAUUAAUACUAUGACCCCAGAGGAUCUUCAUGGGACCUUACAAGGUUUCUAAUAUUAAUAGGUUUUUCUAUUCACCUUCUAUUGUGUAAGGUUUCUGAAAAUAAUGAUUCAUUGUCUAUUCAACCACUAUUACCUUUAUAAUGAACUACUAUUGGACUAAAGUAGUGUGCAGUGUUCUAUAAGCAGUGUUCUAUAAGCAGUGUUCUAUAAGCAGUUUUCUAUAAGCAGUGUUCUAUAAGCAGUGUUCUAUAAGCAGUGUUCUAUAAGCAGUGUUCUAUAAACAGUUUUCUAUAAACAGUGUUCUAUAAACAGUGUUCUAUAAGCAGUGUUCUAUAAGCAGUGUUCUAUAAACAGUUUUCUAUAAGCAGUGUUCUAUAAACAGUGUUCUAUAAGCAGUGUUCUAUAAACAGUGUUCUAUAAGCAGUGUUCUAUAAGCAGUGUUCUAUAAACAGUGUUCUAUAAGCAGUUUUCUAUAAGCAGUGUUCUAUAAGCAGUGUUCUAUAAGCAGUGUUCUAUAAGCAGUGUUCUAUAAACAGUUUUCUAUAAACAGUGUUCUAUAAACAGUGUUCUAUAAACAGUGUUCUAUAAACAGUGUUCUAUAAACAGUGUUCUAUAAGCAGUGUGAUACACAGGGAGUUUGUUUAUAGUAGAUUUAUAAUAAUAGAGAAGCUUUUUCUACUCCACUACUGUGGUCCUCUUCAAGCGGGGUCUUGGGAUCAAUUUCAAUUCAGUCAAGUUCACAAGGAGGUGAGCCUGAAGAGAAAUGGAAUUGACCCCAACCAACCCUGCUGCCAACAGUGUCUUUCAAUCCUUCAUCACGUUUCUCCAUUAAUCCACCUUGGAUGGUUUCCCAUUCAGGCUACCCCCCCCACCCCAAUUCACUAUAUUUCUUCCUCUUCUUAGGAUCGUCCCACAGACCUGAUCCCCAAGCUGAGAGGGGUGCUGACCAACCCUAACUGCGAGUACUACCCUAACUUUGUGGCGAUCCAUACCUUGGCAACGUGGUGCCGGUCUAAUGAAGGACAGAGAGAUGUGGAGAUGAGUGAGUAUCUAUGAGGUGUUACUGUGAUGAUUUACACUGUUUUUAAUGUCUGUUCUGUGAGGCAGCUUGAUGUUCAAGUACCCCCUGAACAGGACGCUAGUCUAUCGCGGUGCCUUUCCCCCAAUCCAUCCACUGAGUGCUAUGCAGAGAGGCAUCGACACCCACUCUUAAGAGUCUUUGGUAUGACUCAACCGGGGGGAUCGAACCCCCAACCUUCCAAUCUCAGGAUGAACACUGACCACAAUGCCACUGAGUUAAACUAACCCUUCACUAUGUAAUCUCCCCAGCAGGUGAUGAUGAGGGAGGCUCCGCCCUGUGCUACAGCCCCAAGCGAGCUCUCACCCUGGCCUUGACUGACUGGCUACAGGAGUUCCUCAGCACCGACCAGCCUGGAGGUACAGGGGAAAAGAUUAGCAACCAAGAGGGCAGCUUCAACAUUCAAUUCAAUACAACUGUAUUUAUCCCCUCCUGGGCAAACGCAUGAAACAUGAAAACAACACAUCCCAGUCUCACAAUCAGGACAUGCAGGGAUUCCAGAUCUUUUUUAAUUAGAUCCAUUCAUUGUGAAGAGAUCAGACAGAUUAAUUAAUUCUGUGGCUGUCGUCUUCACCUCAGGCCAACGCCCUCUGAACCCCACCCGCCUGAAGAAAGAGUCCUCUGACGAGGAGCCCAUGCAGACUGACGUGGGAGACCCCGUGUACGUACCAGGUCCUGGGGACAACCCCUUGUUCACAGCAGAACCCCUGACCCUGGACGAUCUCCAACUACUCUCGGAACUGUUCUACCUGCCAUAUGAACACGGUUCUACUGCUAGAACCAUGCUGACGGAACUGAACUGGCUGAAAGCACACAGAGAAGCAGUGGGAGAGGCAGAGACUGAGAUGGUGAGGUGUGUGUGUACAGUGGGGAAAAAAAGUAUUUAGUCAGCCACCAAUUGUGCAAGUUCUCCCAUUUAAAAAGAUGAGAGAGGCCUGUAAUUUUCAUCAUAGGUACACGUCAACUAUGACAGACAAAUUGAGGGAAAAAAAUCCAGAAAAUCACAUUGUAGGAUUUUUUAUGAAUUUAUUUGCAAAUUAUGGUGGAAAAUAAGUAUUUGGUCACCUACAAACAAGCAAGAUUUCUGGCUCUCACAGACCUGUAACUUCUUCUUUAAGAGGCUCCUCUGUCCUCCACUCGUUACCUGUAUUAAUGGCACCUGUUUGAACUUGUUAUCAGUAUAAAAGACACCUGUCCACAACCUCAAACAGUCACACUCCAAACUCCACUAUGGCCAAGACCAAAGAGCUGUCAAAGGACACCAGAAACAAAAUUGUAGACCUGCACCAGGCUGGGAAGACUGAAUCUGCAAUAGGUAAGCAGCUUGGUUUGAAGAAAUCAACUGUGGGAGCAAUUAUUAGGAAAUGGAAGACAUACAAGACCACUGAUAAUCUCCCUCGAUCUGGGGCUCCACGCAAGAUCUCACCCCGUGGGGUCAAAAUGAUCACAAGAACGGUGAGCAAAAAUCCCAGAACCACACGGGGGGACCUAGUGAAUGACCUGCAGAGAGCUGGGACCAAAGUAACAAAGCCUACCAUCAGUAACACACUACGCCGCCAGGGACUCAAAUCCUGCAGUGCCAGACGUGUCCCCCUGCUUAAGCCAGUACAUGUCCAGGCCCGUCUGAAGUUUGCUAGAGUGCAUUUGGAUGAUCCAGAAGAGGAUUGGGAGAAUGUCAUAUGGUCAGAUGAAACCAAAAUAGAACUUUUUGGUAAAAACUAAACUCGUCGUGUUUGGAGGACAAAGAAUGCUGUGUUGCAUCCAAAGAACACCAUACCUACUGUGAAGCAUGGGGGUGGAAACAUCAUGCUUUGGGGCUGUUUUUCUGCAAAGGGACCAGGACGACUGAUCCGUGUAAAGGAAAGAAUGAAUGGGGCCAUGUAUCGUGAGAUUUUGAGUGACAUCAGCAAGGGCAUUGAAGAUGAAACGUGGCUGGGUCUUUCAGCAUGACAAUGAUCCCAAACACACCGCCCGGGCAACGAAGGAGUGGCUUCGUAAGAAGCAUUUCAAGGUCCUGGAGUGGCCUAGCCAGUCUCCAGAUCUCAACCCCAUAGAAAAUCUUUGGAGGGAGUUGAAAGUCCGUGUUGCCCAGCGACAGCCCCAAAACAUCACUGCUCUAGAGGAGAUCUGCAUGGACGAAUGGGCCAAAAUACCAGCAACAGUGUGUGAAAACCUUGUGAAGACUUACAGAAAACGUUUGACCUGUGUCAUUGCCAACAAAGGGUAUAUAACAAAGUAUUGAGAAACUUUUGUUAUUGACCAAAUACUUAUUUUCCACCAUAAUUUGCAAAUAAAUUCAUAAAAAAUCCUACAAUGUGAUUUUCUUGAUUUUUUUUUCUCAUUUUGUCUGUCAUAGUUGACGUGUACCUAUGAUGAAAAUUACAGGCCUCUCUCAUCUUUUUAAGUGGGAGAACUUGCACAAUUGGUGGCUGACUAAAUACUUUUUUCCCCCACUGUAUGUUGGAACUGAACUGGCUAAAGGGACUCAGAGAGGCAGAGACAAAGACAGAGUGGUGGAACACACUCAAUACAUUUAAUAAUUUAAGAACCUUUAUUGAUGUGGAAAUUGGAAGAACUUACAUUGACAACUCUCUCUCCCUCUUUCUCUCUUCUCUCUCUCUCUCUCUUCUCUCUCUCUCCCUCUUUCUCUCUUCUCUCUCUCUCUCUCUCUCUCUCUUCUCUCUCCCCCCUCUCUACAGACAGCGGAGUGGCGUUCCAGGGCGAAGCGUUUUGACGUGAUGUGUGUUGCUGUGUUUACCAUGUUUAACCGUCUGUCCAACGCCCCCAACCGGAGCAUCCUCUACGACCUCUACAACUACAUCUGUGACAUCAAGAGUGGCGUCACCCUGGCCCGCGCCUACGUCAAAGAAUUGGGUACAACGGGUGUGGGGGGGGGGUUGUGUGUGUGUAUUGUGUAGGUCAGUGUGUUAUUGUAUAGGUCAGUGUGUUAUUGCGUAGGUCAGUGUGUUAUUGCGUAGGUCAGUGUGUUAUUGCGUAGGUCAGUGUGUUAUUGCGUAGGUCAGUGUGUUAUUGCAUAGGUCAGUAUGUUAUUGCGUAGGUCAGUGUGUUAUUGCGUAGGUCAGUAUGUAAUUGCAUAGGUCAGUGCGUUAUUGCGUAGGUCAGUGUGUUAUUGCGUAGGUCAGUGUGUUAUUGCGUAGGUCAGUGUGUUAUUGCGUAGGUCAGUAUGUUAUUGCGUAGGUCAGUGUGUUAUUGCGUAGGUCAGUGUGUUAUUGCGUAGGUCAGUGUGUUAUUACGUAGGUCAGUGUGUUAUUGCGUAGGUCAGUGUGUUAUUGCGUAGGUCAGUAUGUUAUUGUGUAGGUCAGUGUGUUAUUGCGUAGGUCAGUAUGUUAUUGCGUAGGUCAGUAUGUUAUUGCGUAGGUCAGUAUGUUAUUGUAUGGUGUUGUACAAGAAGCUGUAUGAAGUAGGCCAUAAGCAUACAGGUUGAUGUAUUAUUUAGGUGUAAUGUUGUUUGUGUCCACAGGGGGGCAGAGUAGGCCCUCAGCCCAGGUGAUGACUGACGACCCAGAGCCCUGGGGGUUUAGAGGGGGUCUAUCUGGGGAGUUCCAGGUACCGCGCUUCCCCCUAUCAACCCUUUCACCCCUUCUUCCCCCUAUCACCCCCUCCUACUCCCCUCUCUGGGCAGUUCCAGGUACGUGCCUACACCCUCUUCCCCCUCACCCCCUCCUACACCAAUACUGGACUGUCAUUUCAUCCUAGAACAUUGUUGAGAUGACUGGAAUUAUUAUAAUUCCUCUUACACCUCAAUCAGUCGACAGGGUCACUGCAUCAACGCUGCCUAAUCAAUUCUGCAGUCAAACUUCAUGAUGUAAUCCAACAUUGUUACUGAAUGUGAGCAACAACAGUUCCACAUUCACCUUUUGCUACUAUUUCUGUCGUCUAGGCAUCAAAAUGAUGCACUACCCAGAACACACUGCAACUGUAUGUACGUCUGCUGUACCAAAACACAAUGACGCCGUCUGUCUGAUCGAAGCCUUAGUGAUUUGGCCUUCUGUUUCUUUGAGCUACAGUCAUUCACAUCACAGAUCAACACUAAAACAAUGACAAGCUAUACACACAUAGGGGAUCACAGACAACCACCUAGACAGAGCCAUUGAUAUCUCCGGCAUAACAAAGAGAUCAUUGACUUGGUACUGACUGGUUGAUGACGAUAUUAUUGCUGUUGUUUAGAGAAUGCUGCCUUGCCAUGGUAACAGAGAUCUGUUCCGUCAUCCUCCUAUGACGUCAGUGUAUUCCAUACGACCCUACUGCCCAGAAGACAAGGUUAGUUAUUUCAAUAUAUCUAGACCUGACUAUAACAUAUCUAUUAAAAUAUACUAGACGUGUGGACUGACUGGGCAUGGAAACCAGGUCUUCUGUGGGUCUUGCCAUAAGACUGUGUUAGCCCCUUGAGCUAAAGCCUGUAUUAUAGAGCCCCACAGGCUCUGUCGUAGCCGGCCGCGACCGGGAGACCCAUGGGGCGGCGCGCAAUUGGCCCAGCGUCGUCCAGGAUAGGGGAGGGAAUGGCCGGCAGGGAUGUAGCUCAGUUGGUAGAGCAUGGCGUUUGCAACGCCAGGGUUGUGGGUUCGAUUCCCACGGGGGGCCAGUAUGAAAAAUAAAAAAAGAAUGUAUGCACUCACUAACUGUAAGUCGCUCUGGAUAAGAGCGUCUGCUAAAUGACUAAAAUGUAAAUGUAAAUGUGUCAUAAUACCCAUAAAACCUAGUGGUCAAACAGGGAAAUGGUUCCAAUUGUUUUUCCACCAUUCAUUUUUCACAUAGGGAAUUCUAGAAACACUUAAAAUAAGGGCUGUUUCGUGUAGGUUUACCCUGGCGUGACGUUUUGAUAACCAUGUAAAUCUCUCUCGGACAAGGUGACUUUUAUCAAUAUAUUCAGCACUAUUUACUCUCAGAUUUGAAAAUGUAAACAUCAUGCAAGACUACAAAUCCCUGCAAGCUCCUGCACGUCAUCUCUAGUUGACGCCUUUGCUGACAGGUAUUGUGUAAUUUUUUAACUUGCCGAAGACAGUUCACAGUGUUGUCCGAUUCAGCAGUCUCAUCUAUAUCAUCAUGGCAUGUGUAGUUCUGUAUGAUAGCCACAUUAGCAGCUAAUUAGCAUUACAUUUAUGGGGGGUAAAUACAGGCGAAUAUAUUGAUGUCACCUUGUCCGAUGGGGGGAUUUACAUGGCUAUCAAAACGUCACGCCAGGGUAAACCUACAUGAAACACACCCCUUAUUUUAAGUGUUUCUAAAAUCCCCUAUGGGAAAAAUGAAUGGUGGAAAAAUGAUUGGAACCAUUGCCCUGUUUGACUGCUAGGUUUUAUGGGUAUUAUGACUCAUACUGUGGUACUCUAUUGUUUAAACAAUAAUUAUGCUUGUAUGACUUGUGCGUAUCAGUCUCAUUGAGAAGUUAGCUGAUGCAUGAACAAGCUAACGUGUGUAGUUACAAGCUAACGCAGGUCUACAGGUCUCCGAUUAGGUUAGUCAUCACGCGAGCGUGGUUCACCAAACCACCUCUGUAAUACAUGAGGCAGGUAUCGGCUAGCUGACAUCUUUAUUGAUUUCUGUCUUUAUAACAUCUCUGUUGUUUCAGACUGAGAUACAGAAGAUCCACAUGGAGAUGCAGAGAGGAGAGGCCAAGAUUCCUGCAGCAGCACUACCUGCUCUGACGAGUGAUGGGUGAGGGUGUGUGUGCGUAUGUGUGUGUGUACAGCAUGACUCCCAAAUAAUCCACUCUCGACAGUCUCUGAUCAGCCAGUAGGUUUUGUUCUUCAAUAUGUGACUGAGCGCUUGUCCUGACCUUCAGUCUAGACAGCCAAUAUGUAACGUCCCAGUGUACCUCGAUCUCUCCCACUCCCCAGACUAGCAGGAAGGCUUUUUACAUUAGCUUUUACUUCCAAAUGAUCUUGAUUAAUUGUCCUUAGCCAGAGCAAUCCAAAAAGGUAGGGACAACAUGUAAUGUCUCCCAGUGUACCUCUAUCUCUCCCCAGGCUGGCAGGAGGGCAGCUGUCCCCCUCCCCAAACUGUGGUCUGGUUCUGGAGGAUGAGAGGGGGGUGUGUGGGUACGCUCUGGGCCUCAGCGACGCCACAGCAGCCGCACUGAACAACCAGGUAACCGCCAGGUUCCGAUGGCACAAUUACACACUCUGGAAUAUGACUUUGUCUUGUUUUAAUUAUUGACCCCAACAUUUAUAUGGUUGUAGUUCUGUCUCUUUGUAUUACUUCAGAUGUUUUCUAUCUGUUUUGUAUGGAGUUCCUUGACUCUGAAAAUAUGAUGAUCUUUUCUCCCUUGUAGAGGGCAUUGCUGGGGGACUUCCCUUCCUUGAUAACCAUGCAGCUCCACCCCCGGGUUACAGACCCCGCCCCCGCCAGGCGUAUGAUUGGCAGCCUGCUCUCUUUGAUGAAGACCAGCGGUGAGUUGUUAACUUGUAUAUUCAAGUUCCACUACUGUGAUUAGGGUGCUCACUCCCUUGUAGUUGAGCACAUGCACAGUGGGUUUCUGGUCACUGUUUGAUUAGGCCUAGUGCAGGGUUCUACAAUCCUGUUCCUGGUGAGAUACCCUCCUGUAGGUUUUCACUUCAACCUCAUUUGUAACUAACCUGAUGCAGCUGAUCAACCAGCUAAUUAUUAGAAUCAGGUGUGCUAGAUUAGGGUUGGAGUGAAAACCUGCAAGACGGUAGCUCUCCAGGAACAGGGAUGCAGACGGUAGCUCUCCAGGAACAGGGAUGCAGACGGUAGCUCUCCAGGAACAGGGAUGCAGACGGUAGCUCUCCAGGAACAGGGAUGCAGACGGUAGCUCUCCAGGAACAGGGAUGAAGACGGUAGCUCUCCAGGAACAGGGAUGCAGACGGUAGCUCUCCAGGAACAGGGAUGCAGACGGUAGCUCUCCAGGAACAGGGAUGCAGACGGUAGCUCUCCAGGAACAGAGAUGCAGACGGUAGCUCUCCGGGAACAGGGAUGCAGACGGUAGCUCUCCGGGAACAGGGAUGCAGACGGUAGCUCUCCGGGAACAGGGAUGCAGACGGUAGCUCUCCGGGAACAGGGAUGCAGACGGUAGCUCUCCAGGAACAGGGAUGCAGACGGUAGCUCUCCAGGAACAGGGAUGCAGAACUCUGGCCUAGUGUGGUGGCUGCUGUGCAGCGUGAUGUUGUCAGAGUUCAACAAUACACUUCACUAAACUGACCUGGGUUCAAACACUUUCAGCUUUAGAGGUGGGGAAUUUACUAUUGGCACAAUAUCAGGUGUUAUUCUGUUACUGGUGCAGAAAUGGAUUCAUAUUGAUCAGAUGUGUAUAUGCCAGUUCAUAUUUCUCCCCCCUGCUGGUCUGAUGGCAUAGGGCUGGAUUAUCAUAACAUAUUGAUGUUUCUCCCCCCUGCCGGUCUGAUGGCAUAGGGCUGGAUUAUCAUAACAUAUAAUAUAAUAUAAUAAUAUAAUAAUAUAAUAAAUAAUAUAAUAUAAUAUAACAUAUUGAUGUUUCUCCCCCCUGCUGGUCUGAUGGCAUAGGGCUGGAUUAUCAUAACAUAUUGAUGUUUCUCCCCCCUGCCGGUCUGAUGGCAUAGGGCUGGAUUAUCAUAACAUAUUGAUGUUUCUCCCCCCCUGCCUGUGAUGGCAUAGGGCUGGAUUAUCAUAACAUAUUGAUGUUUCUCCCCCCUGCCUGUCUGAUGGCAUAGGGCUGGAUUAUCAUAACAUAUUGAUGUUUCUCCCCCCUGCCUGUCUGAUGGCAUAGGGCUGGAUUAUCAUAACAUAUUGAUGUUUCUCCCCCUUGCCUGUCUGAUGGCAUAGGGCUGGAUUAUCAUAACAUAUUGAUGUUUCUCCCCCCUGCCUGUCUGAUGGCAUAGGGCUGGAUUAUCAUAACAUAUUGAUGUUUCUCCCCCCUGCCGGUCUGAUGGCAUAGGGCUGGAUUAUCAUAACAUAUUGAUGUUUCUCCCCCCUGCCUGUCUGAUGGCAUAGGGCUGGAUUAUCAUAACAUAUUGAUGUUUCUCCCCCCUGCCUGUCUGAUGGCAUAGGGCUGGAUUAUCAUAACAUAUUGAUGUUUCUCCCCCUUGCCUGUCUGAUGGCAUAGGGCUGGAUUAUCAUAACAUAUUGAUGUUUCUCCCCCCUGCCUGUCUGAUGGCAUAGGGCUGGAUUAUCAUAACAUAUUGAUGUUUCUCCCCCCUGCCGGUCUGAUGGCAUAGGGCUGGAUUAUCAUAACAUAUUGAUGUUUCUCCCCCCUGCCUGUCUGAUGGCAUAGGGCUGGAUUAUCAUAACAUAUUGAUGUUUCUCCCCCCUGCCUGUCUGAUGGCAUAGGGCUGGAUUAUCAUAACAUAUUGAUGUUUCUCCCCCCUGCCGGUCUGAUGGCAUAGGGCUGGAUUAUCAUAACAUAUUGAUGUUUCUCCCCCCUGCCGGUCUGAUGGCAUAGGGCUGGAUUAUCAUAACUCUAACAAACGUCUAUGCGUAGCCCCUCAUUCAGUUUGAUUAUCUUAUUCCUCACACGUUUUUUUUCUCUCCUUGUCCUUUGACUGUAGUUCCAAUCUGAAUCUACCCGCUCUACCCUGCCUCUCUCUCUCCGACAGGUUCCAGAGGUGUGUUCUGUGAGCUGAGGCAGGGUGACAGGAGGAUGUUUGACUUCUACUCUAAACUGGGCUCCUUCACAACGCUCAAAAUGGCGGGGCUGCCUCGGGACAUCAUCGUCAUGGGAACCAGCUUGUAAACAACAUUUCACCAAACGCCACCUUGCACUACUACUAUAUCCUCAGGUUUUAAAUGUCCUUUUGGAAAAAAGGGACGACAACGUUAGAUGAUUAAUUCAGCUGCUUGUUUGAUUGAAAAACGGUGUUUAACGGCCAUGUAUCAAUAACUAUAGGAUGAUGUGUGAAAUGUAUCUGAUCAAGUUUGUCAAUGGGAUCCACAUCGUUUGACUGAGUAUUUGUGGAACGUGUCUUUGUAAAUUCCAAUUAGUUAAUGGUAUGUUCUGAAAACCAAUGUUUUAAAUGAUGACUUCACUGAACAAUGACUAUCCUAUAUUAAUGGAAUGAUAACUGUUAUGAGGUGUAAUUUUACAAUGAAUGAUUGAUGCAUUUAAAUCAGCCUGUAAGAGGAUCUAAAUAAUGUUGUGAUCAAUAAAAAUUGGACAAACA